GGAGGAGGAGGGGAAGGGGAAGGGGAGGAGGGGAGGAUGCGGAUGGAGGGGUGGCUGUACCUGAUCCGAUCCAACCGCCUCGGGCUGCAGUACUCGCGGAAGAGGUACUUCGUGCUCGAGGACGCCGCGCUCCGCUGCUUCAAGGCGGCGCCCUCUCCCUCUUCCUCGUCCUCGUCCUCGUCCUCGUCCUCGUCCAAACGCGAGGAUCCUAUUAGAAGUGCAAUAAUUGACUCUUGUAUACGUGUCACAGACAAUGGGAGAGAAAGUGUCCAUAGAAGUGUUUUUUACAUAUUCACACUCUACAACGCCACUAACCAUUAUGAUCAACUCAAGUUGGGGGCUCGAAGUUCAGAAGAAGCCGCUAGGUGGAUCAGGUGUUUGAUGGAGUCUGCCUUAAAGUCCCCAAGAAAAGAUGAGCAUAUUGUUGCUUGUUCACAUAGAAGAUGGCAGGCUUUUAGGUUAAGCCGCCGUAAUAACCGCAUGCACUCAAUAGAUUGGACUGUAUUUUCUUCUGUCCAUAAUGAUCCUAUGGCGGCUGAUGUUAUUGCGCCUUCUCCAUGGACAAUAUUUGGCUGUAAAAAUGGAUUGCGUUUGUUUACUGAGGCGAAGGAUGGUGGUUCAGAGGGGAAGUAUUGGGAUGAUCAUCCAGCUAUAAUGGCUGUUGGUGUCGUUGAUGCGAAUUCUGAGGCUGUAUUCCAGACUAUAAUGUCCCUUGGUCAAUCAAGAUCGGAGUGGGAUUUCUGUUUGCAGGAAGGGAGAGUGGUCGAGCAUAUAGAUGGUCAUACGGACAUAAUCCACAAGAAAUUAAAAGGCGACUGGUUACCAUGGGGAAUGAGAAAGAGGGAUCUAUUACUUAGACGAUACUGGAGGAGAGAAGAUGAUGGAACUUAUGUUAUUCUAUACCACUCUGUUUUCCACUACAGAUGCCGUUCUGAGAGAGGCUAUGUCCGUGCAUGUCUUAAAAGUGGAGGAUACGUAAUAUCACCGGUCAAUCAGGGAAACCAAUCUGUUGUGAAGCAUAUGCUUGCUAUAGACUGGAAAUUCUGGAAGUCUUAUCUGUUUACCUCAUCUGCAAAAAGUAUCACUAUACGCAUGUUAGGAAGAGUAGCAGCCUUGCGGGAAUUCUUCCGAGCGAAAAAUGGAAAUUGUGCUUGCUUAGAGUUCUCAUCAGGUGAGUUGACAAGAGAUAUGCGUCUGCGACAAGGUGAAAACGAGCGGAUAAAAAUUGAAAUGCUGCCAUCAGGCGAGAAUAACAGGCUUGAAGAUCCUACAGAAGGAUCACUGGGUGGUUCCAAUAGACACUUAAGUAGCGCUGGUUCCUUCAUACAACUAAACGAUGCAGCAGAUGAGUUCUUUGAUGUCCCAGAUGAAUCAGAAUAUGAUCAAAGAGAAGCCAUGUGGCCUUCCGAUGAGAGCACACAUUCUGUGGACCAACGACAUGCUAAAUUAUCCACCGCUGCUGUGUUUGUAAGAAAAUUGCAUGAUCUUGCAGUCCAAAAGAAAGGAUAUGUUGACUUACAAGGAGCUGCCGAUUUCGAUAAUGGGUCAUUUUGCUACGGAUGUACUCUUCCAAAAGAUUCAAGCUGUACAAUGCCUUCUACUUGGGCAAUGGCAGAUCCUACGACAUUCUUAAUCCGAGGGGAAUCAUAUUUGCUUGAUCGUCAUAAGAUCAAGGCACACAGUACAUUGAUGCAAAUGGUUGGUGCUGACUGGAUAAAAUCUGAUAAGCGUGAGGAUGAUCUUGCUGGUCGCCCUGGAGGACUAGUCCAGAAAUGUGCAGCACAAGGGGGCAACAAAUUCUUUUUUAUCGUUAACAUACAGGUUCCCGGUUCAUCCACAUACAGCUUAGCCUUGUAUUACAUGAUGGAUACCCCAUUGGAAAAAGUUCCUUUACUUGAAAGAUUUGUAAAUGGAGAUGAUGCAUUCAGAAAUUCAAGGUUCAAACUCAUCCCUUACAUCUCAAAGGGGUCUUGGAUUGUAAAGCAGAGUGUGGGAAAGAAAGCUUGUUUGGUUGGUCAAGCACUAGAGAUCAAUUAUUUCCGUGGAAGCAAUUAUUUGGAGCUUGGAGUUGAUAUAGGCUCGUCAACAGUUGCACGGGGUGUGGUGAGCCUUGUGCUUGGCUACUUGAACAACCUGGUGAUUGAAAUGGCCUUCUUGGUACAGGGUAACACGCAAGAAGAGCUCCCGGAGUUCCUCCUAGGCACCUGCCGACUGAACUACCUCGACGCCUCCAAGGCAGUGUCCAUAGACGAGUGCUGAAGGCGUCUUCAGCGACAUUGACACCCACAUUCUUUUCUGAAGCCAAACUACAGUACAGCAAACCCGCAAAAGACGGCUCAGCUCAUUCGUUUCCCCCCAUGCCGGCCCAUGAUACCCCUUGUAUUGCACCACACAAAAGCCGGGGGGCGAAUUCUGGCUCAUUCUGCCUGCCGGCACUGUACAUUCUCUUCCUGCCGACAGGUAUCUCCAAUGUAAUGAUGAUAGCAAUCUACGAUAACGCCCUCCCUCACCCCCUCCAUUCUUUGGCAUGUAAUCAUCAACAGAAGAGAAAGGGAAGUGUAUCCUAACGGUGACCUCGUGGCGUCCAUUCGGACCUGAGAGAUUCACACAAAACAUACUGUGAGUAGUGAGAUUGCAUCAUUAGAUCCCACUCCAAAGCAACCCAUUACCGGACACUCGACUGAUCCAUACAUUUCCCAUCUCUCCAUCCCUAGCGAGCGGUGGUGGCAGCCAUGAUUGUACCUGAGGACUCGUCAACAACUGAGAGGGACCCAAACCCAAAGUCGCAGGGAUGAUUAUACUCUGAUAUAUGUGCAAAGGAACACUCACGCAGACGCACUCACGAAACCA